AUUUCCUCUUAUACGACUUACAUAGGUUCCUGGUCAAGAUCCACCGAGACCCUCUCGGGCCUAGCCCGUUAUAUAAGCUAAUAAAUUCAUAAAAUACAAUUAAGUAAUCUAGGGUAGAUUAUCGACUUUGAAGAUUCCUGAAAUCGACUAUCGCUUGCUUCAUUGUUUACUAAAAUCGCUAAACGAUCUUGUAUCCUAUCGAUAACAUAGCGAUAUAGCUCUAUGGGCCCUCCACGUAGCUGCGCAGGCUCCGCGGCAGGAGCGUUGAGUCAAUCGGUCUUUUCGCCAACAAAACGAGCCUCCCAGGGGAACUCCCCGAAGAAGGCACGGGCGCGCGCCGAAGCUGAAAUAGACCCGACGAAGGAAAAGGUUCUUUCCUAUAUAUCUACCCUCAAAACGAAACUGCUCCGGUUGGUAGGAGACGCCAAUAAGCCCGAAGCGGUGGACGCCAUCGACAUCUUCGCCAGGGACAUCACUAGUUCCCUCGACUGUUACCCCCUACACGGGGCCACGGCAGACCCGACCUUUACCCGGGAUGUCAUCCGGGAGGUCGUUAAGGAAACCCUCCUCCAGUCUAAAUCCCAACCGACCUGGGCCCAGGUCGCCUCCACCACCAAGCUAUCUACUACCGACAAGACUAAUACUAAAGCCCCAAACAAAGCCGAACCUUAUGAAGUCACCGUCCGCGUUGCGAACUGCCCGGAGGCGACAAGAUUGGGAUAUCACAAAUCAGAUUGGUACUAUCAUCUGUGAUAAUGCUACGAAUAAUGACACUUGUAUAAAGCAUCUAUUCCCUCAGCUUGAUUCCUCAAUGACUGAUAAAGAUGCUAUUGACCGGCGAAUACGAUACUAUGGUCAUAUUCUUAACCUUGUUAGCCGGGCCUUCCUCUAUGGUGAGGACAGUGAAACCUUUAAGCAAGAGUCACAGGUUCUUGACCUUACCGAUCGUCUUGAUAAUGACCUCCGACAUUGGAGGAAAAAAGGGCCAAUCGGCAAGCUUCGUAACAUCAUCAAAUUCAUCCGAAGCUCGCCUCAGCGCAGUGAAAGAUUGAAACAAUCUGCCUGUGAAUUGGAUACAAGCGAGGGAUUUACUAUAUAUGAGCCGUCAACUCGAGAGCUGGAGGUCAUACUAAAUAACGAUACAAGGUGGAACUCGACAUAUAUGAUGAUUGAUCGUGCUCUUACAAAGCAGACACAUCUUCAGACUUUCUUAAUUGAGAAUAAGCUUGAGGAUGAUCCUCAAAGUCAGAUUACAGAGGACGAUAUCUUAUCAUCAGAAGACUGGCGGCUGCUUGUGGAAAUCAAGGAAAUUUUAGAACCACUUUAUCUCCAAACAAUGCGAUGUCAAGGUUGGGGCAAAGGCGAUAGCCAUAGCCGGCUCUGGGAGAUCAUGACUAGCCUUGAGUAUCUUCUUGAUUAUUUUGAAGAUUCGAAGACAUUUUUCACCACGCCAGCUAAUAGGGAUAUCCAAUUAUCGCAAAGCCAAUCACUAAUACCACAUCCAAGAAAGCUACGAUAUAGCCAAAAGGAAACACAAUUAAAACAGUCAUCAAAUAGCUUACCUCGACAUACAAGAUCUGAAUACUCUCCUUCGAAUUAUCAGCAACAAGACCGUCGCUCUAAUCUUCGUCAAGACUCUCAUGCCUAUUUACCAAUCUCAAUCACAAAUGCAUGGCAGAAGUUGAAUGACUACUAUAUUAAGCUUGGAGACUCACCUCUUUUCGCUGCAGCAGUUAUACUACAUCCUAACUACAGUCUUCGCUGGCCACAGGAACGUUGGAAUGGAAAGGAACAGCUUAUAUGGCUUUAUGAUGCCAAGAAAGGUCUGGAAGACUUCUGGGAACGUUGGUAUCAUCAUGAUAUUCAUUCUCGACUUACCGAAGAAUAUACAAGCCAGAAAACUAAUAUCAUAGCUACCCAAUCAUCUCAUGAGGAUAGCCGAUAUCAGCAAUGGUUGAAUAGAAGAACAAUAAGGCUUUCAGAUGAUAGCUCAGAGCUUGAUCGAUAUUUCAGGCUCGAUCUACCUCAACGAGUAGAUGAUCCUGUUCAAUGGUGGAUAUCACAUCAAGCAUCAUUUCCAACUCUUAGCAAGCUUGCUUUGGAUAUAUUUGAAAUUCCAGCCAUGGCUGCAGAUUGUGAAAGAGCAUUCAGCUUGGCUAAGCUGACAUUAACAUCACAAAGACUUUCGAUGUCGUCAUCAACCUUGGAAAAGGUUCAGUGCUUGAAGAAUUGGAUGCGGAGAGGUGCAGUAUCUAUUGGAGACUUCAAUUUUGUAGAGUCAAUACCAGACACUAUGUAA